GCAAACAAUUCGAUGAUAAGAAUCUGACCAAUCGAAAGCAAAACAAAAAUAAAGGGUCGAAAAAAUGGAGGGAACUUCUGUUGGAACACCGUCUAGGGUUUCACUCCUCAACGCUUCAGCUUUAAAAUGUAGAAACAAUUUCAUGGUUACAAGGUCAAUUCCAGGAUAUCUUUUCGAGAACACGAGGAGGAGGAAUGAUUCAAUUAAGCGUGUUCUAUCUCAGGAGUCGGAGGGUGGAGCUUCUGUAGCUUCUUCUUCUUCCAGUAGUUCGGUAGACGACCAAGGUAUCAAAAUCAGAAGACGGCCAACGUCUGGACCUCCUUCGCAUGCUGUGGGUCCUUUUGAGUUUAGAUUACAGAAUGACGGCAAUACUCCUCGAAACAUUCUGGAGGAAAUUAUAUGGAACAAAGAUGUAGAAAUUACACAGCUCAAAGAGAAGAAGCCUCUUUAUUCGUUGAAGAAAGCGCUUGAUAGUGCUCCUCCUGUGAGGGAUUUUGUUGGAGCUUUAAGAUCAGCUUAUUUGCGAACUGGUGCACCGGCUUUGAUUGCUGAAGUGAAGAAGGCUUCUCCUAGCAGAGGAGUUCUGAGGGAGGAUUUUCAUCCGGUCAAUAUAGCUCAAGCUUAUGAGAAUGGUGGAGCUGCAUGCCUCAGUGUAUUAACUGACGAGAAGUACUUUCAGGGAAGCUUCGAGAAUCUGGCGGCAAUACGUCGUUCUGGAAUUAAGUGUCCUCUUCUCUGCAAAGAGUUUAUAAUUGAUGCGUGGCAAAUUUAUUAUGCUCGGACUAAAGGGGCAGAUGCAAUUCUUCUGAUUGCCUCGAUAUUGCCGGAUGCUGACAUCAACUACAUGAGUAAGAUUGCCAAAAAGUUUGGGUUGUCAACACUAGUUGAGGUACACAAUGAAUCAGAAAUGGAUCGUGUACUAAGAAUCGAUGGGAUUGACCUUAUUGGGAUUAACAACCGAAACCUAGAAACAUUUGAGGUUGAUAUCAGUAACACCAAAAAGCUCCUUGAGGGAAAACGAGGUGAAAUAAUCCGCCAAAAGGAUAUUAUUGUGGUUGGGGAAUCUGGAUUGUUUACUCCAGAUGACAUAGCCUAUGUUCAAGAAGCCGGAGUUAAAGCAGUUUUGGUUGGAGAAUCACUUGUCAAACAAAGUGAUCCAGGAAGGGGGAUAGCUGAUCUUUAUGGUAGAAAUAUUUCUUCCUAAGCUACAGGUUUUCUGUUUUUCACCCUUCAAUUUAUAUUAGUCCAAUUGAAACAAGUCGUUGUAAAAAGAAUGCUCAUACUAAAAAAAAAAAGAAGAAGAAGAGGACAUUGUACUGUAACUGCGGUUCAAUGACUGAAUCCAAUCUAAAUAAAAUCUGGUGUACAAGUUUUGAUGAUCUGACAAAA